AUGGAGAAGGCAAACCAAGCCCAACACAGCCGGGCGCCAGGCAAGCAGAGCCGCUCUGUUUUUCUGGUCGGCGUUGCUAUCAUGAUCGUCAUCCUCUUCGUUAUCGGCCACAUGCUCGCCAUGCGCCCUAUCACCAGCGCAGAGGAUGAUAUGCUCAGCAGCGCCUGCACGCAUGCGCAGUUGGUAAUGCGCGAAGAGUGGGUCGAUGCAGACACCCGACUCGCCGAGCGUCCGAACUUCAUCGUGCGGAACCGGGCUCAGCUCCUGGAACUUUAUCGCCUCCGCGUGUUUGUUGUCGCCACGGAGGCGGGGGUACUCAAUGUAACCCGUGUGCUCAACUCCUUGAGAAACUGUAAUUAUUCGCAGCGUGUGUUUCCCAUCGACAUCGCCGUGCACGUGCUGGGCAACGCGUCCGCUAUGUCGUUUGUGCCCUGGUCUCAUGGUCGCCUCGACUUCUACGCGCACCGCCUGUACGACAAUGCAAGCCUGUCUGUGCCGAUACUGAUGGCGGAUGUGUGGAAACCGCAGUCGGAUUUCGAGCUUGGGAUGCUGCUCACAGCCUCGGCGGAAGUGUCUCCGUACUGGUUCCAGUGGGUGAUGAGCGCGCUGCGUCACUACGCCCCGACCUCGACAGAGACCUCCAUUGAGCUUGCCACCGACAAGGACUCCGGGACUGGGCGGGGUCGGCUGCUCAGCCCGCUGUCGACUACACUGAGCGGUUUGGCGCUGGGUAUGCCCAUCGCCGAGACAACGGUCAGCGCAGUGUCCGCCUUCUUUGCCCCUCACCCAAGCACAACGUCCAUCUUCACAGCUUCCUUUUGGAAGGCUAUGGUGGCGCGGGCAGGGCCUGGCACCGACGUCUACGCCGCUCCAGGAAACUGGCAGGCCUUCCUCAACACCUCCACGAGCGUGCCCGGCCACGACGAACACCGGUUCCUGUACCCUCCACUCGACAAGUUCGGGGCGCUGGCCUGCGAGGAGACCACAGCGUGCGCUAUACGCUCGCUGAAUCCGUCAGAGGUGGCAGAGCUGGUGAACGUCUCGGCGUUGGUGCAUAAAGUGCAGCGGUUGCCAGAGCAGGCGACUUAA